CUCCGUGUCUUCCCUCAAAAGGCUCAAAAACCUUUCAUUCUCUUUCGCUUAUUCUGUAUCGUACUCUCUACAACUCUGUUUUCCCCCCAAACAACAGAAAGAAAAGGUUGGUCCUUUUUUCUCAACCGCCAAUGGCACCCAUAACUAGAAAAGCUUUCUUCCCGAAGGUCAUCAUUGAGAGGGACUCCGACACUGAACACAGUUCCUCAGAAGAAGAAGAGGAAGGGCCAGAAUCACUUCAAGAAGAAGAAGAAGAAGAAGAAGAGGAGGAGGAGGAGGACAAUGAUGUUAAUGUUGCUGGGAAUGGGAACGCGGAGAGGUUGGAAGUGGGUUUGGAUUGUAAGAGGAAAGGGAAAGCACCGAUCACUAUCACUCUCAAAAAAGUUUGCAAGGUGUGUAAGAAGCCUGGACAUGAAGCGGGGUUCAAGGGUGCUACUUAUAUUGAUUGCCCUAUGAAGCCUUGCUUUCUCUGUAAAAUGCCUGGACAUACCACUUUGACUUGCCCUCAUCGGGUGACCACUGAGUAUGGAGUUAUUCCGGCACCUCGCAAAAAGACACGUAAACCAUUGGAGUAUGUGUUUGAACGCCAGCUAAAACCUUCUGUUCCUUCGAUCAAGCCCAAAUAUGUGAUCCCAGAUCAAGUGAAUUGUGCCGUUAUUAGAUAUCACAGUAGACGUGUAACUUGUUUGGAGUUCCACCCGACAAAAAAUAACAUCCUUUUAUCUGGAGAUAAGAAAGGACAACUUGGAGUUUGGGAUUUUCAGAAAGUACAUGAGAGGAUGGUCUAUGGUAACAUACAUUCUUGUAUUCUGAAUAACAUGAAGUUUGAUCCUAGAAAUGAUUGCAUGGUCUAUUCUGCAUCCUCGGAUGGAACAAUUAGUUAUUCUGACAUGGAGACUGGAAUAUCAUCCUGUCCAUUGAACCUGAACCCUGAUGGAUGGCAGGGUCCAAACACUUGGAAAAUGCUCUAUGGCAUGGAUAUUAACUUUGAAAAGGGUCUUGUGCUUGCUGCCGAUAGCUUUGGCUUUCUUCACAUGGUUGACACUCGCUCUAACCACAAGACUAGUGAUGCAAUUUUGAUCCAUAAAAAAGGUCGAAAGGUAGUUGGUCUCCAUUGCAACCCAGUUCAGCCAGACCUCCUAUUGAGUUGUGGAAAUGAUCAUUUUGCUCGUAUUUGGGAUAUUCGUCGAAUAGAACCAAAAUCAUCCAUAUAUGAACUUAAGCACGGCGGUGUAGUCAACUCAGCCUAUUUCUCUCCAGUGUCUGGGUGCAAGAUUCUUACCACAUCACAAGACAACCGUCUUCGUAUUUGGGAUUCAAUCUUUGGAAAUAUGGACUCCCCCAGCCGAGAAAUUGUUCACAGUAAUGAUUUCAAUCGUUACUUGACCCCUUUUAAAGCUGAAUGGGAUCCAAAGGAUCCAUCGGAAUCGCUUGCUGUCAUUGGUCGUUAUAUAAGCGAGAACUAUAAUGGAGCUGCCUUACAUCCCAUUGAUUUUAUAGAUACCAGUACCGGACAAUUGGUAGCUGAAGUCAUGGAUCCAAACAUCACAACCAUCACUCCAGUGAAUAAGUUACACCCACGCGAUGAUAUCCUAGCAUCUGGAAGUUCAAGAUCUCUGUUCAUAUGGAAGCCCAAGGAGACAUCUGCGCCUGUAGAGGAGAAAGAUGAGAGCAAAAUUGUGAUUUGUGGAGGAGCCGAGAAGAAACGCGGUAAGAAGAAGCACGAUGACAGUGAUGAAUCAGAUGAUGAAGCAUUCCUACCCAAGAACAAGAAAUCUAAGUCGGAAAAGACCAACUGGAAAUUGACUCGCUGCACCAAGAAUAAAUGCUGAAUAGCGAAGUCAGUCCCUUUUUGAGUACAUUGACUAUUUUGAUGUUUUCUUGUCAAUGAUUUUUUUGAUGGAGAAAUGCUAUUUUGAUAAGUCAGUUAUCUAUAAUUGUCUACUGUUAUAAUGAGAGAAAGGAGCGCAUUGUUUUUUGCAACUUGAAAAAAAAAACAUUUCUCUCACUUUAUAACUAUAGAUGAUGAGUAAAUGGACAAAUUGGUCUUUUAAAUUUCACUAAAUCAAAUUGGUUUUUCAAAUUUCUCAAUGCAAAUCACGUUGGUUUCUUAUAUCACUUUAGACAAUGACGAAUGUGGUUGACUUUGGUAAAUUUGGAGAAUCAAUUUGAUUCAGUGGAAAUUUAGAAGAUUAGUUUAACUGGCGAGUGAAAUCUGAGGGACCAAUUUGACUAUUUAAACGUUAGAUAACUGAAAAAUUAUUAGUUUUCAGGAUGGCAUUUCACUACUGUUGACCAUUGCAUCUGCUAACAUGUCAUGGCUUCUAAGUUCUAACUUUCUAUCCUAUGUUUUUUGAAUGGAUCUUUUUAAACGGAAGUCAUGGUAUAUUUUUGUGCUAUAGUGUAUCAUAUUAGAAGGCAAUGCUAAUGGCACUAUAGCAUUUUAGGAAGUCAUGUAUAUAGGUUAUGUUGGAUUAUGCUUUUUUUUUUCUUCUUUCUUUUUGAUGAUUUUGUAUAGUUUUUCACUCUUCAAGCUAUAAGAUUGAACAAAGGUAUCUUUAUGCUU